CUUGCUUUGAUCACGAAGGAAGCUACUCAAAGCUCUUUACAAGCGAGUGUGGCAAACCAAAUCCUUGGCAGUAUUUGGAUGAUAGAAGGGAGUGACAACAGACGUGCUAAAAUGAAAACUAAAACUGCAGUGGUUUGCAUCUGUGCCAUCUUCAUGGUUUUUCUUAUAGUUGAAUCUUGGUGUGCUCCAAAGAGUAAACUAAUAGCAAGAAAUUGGGGCCCACAGUCAAUGCUAUACCUCAAAGGACGAUAUGGCAGGAGAUACGCUUCUGAUGAUGAAGACCAAUAUUACAAGCUUGACCUAGAGGACUUGAAUGCAGUUUUAAAAAGUUAUAAGAGUUCAACGCCAGUGAAAUUUCUGAACAUCAGAAGAAAAUUAACAGAUCAAAAUAUGGAGAUUAAUGGCUUGGAAUAG